AUGUCUUUCCUCGAUCCCAUCGCAAGUGGCAUUAAUAGCCUUCUCAAUCCCUUGACCUCAGGCCUAGGAUCAGAUGCAACGUCGGCCACAAGCGAUGCUUCAACUCCAGCAACAGCGAGCAUUGUGGAAUCCACGACUGCGACAUCAGUACUGGUGACCACUCCUUCGUCUUCAUCUUCAUCUUCGACCCUUGCAGUAUCACCGACGUCUACUGCUACAAUAAGUGCUGCAAAAACACCAUUAUCGACUUCUCAGAGACCAUCAGAAACAUCAUCCUCCACACGCAGCACAGCAUCCUCGUCAGCCUCUUCGAUCGAGACCACCUUCUCUACGUCCUCGACUCGUGCUUCAACCUCAUCGAUAUCCUCCUCCACAACAUCGUCCAAUUCGCUUCCAUCUUCCCAAACUCGAACGUCAGCCUCUUCCAUUUCGACUCCUGCCGCUCCUUCUGCAACCCCAGAACCAACAAUUUCUUCUGUUUCCGAGCCAUCUUCUGACGGCAACAAAGUAUCCACAGCCGGCAUCGUUAUCGCCGCCAUCGUCGCCUUUAUCGUCGUUGUAGGCAUAAUCUAUCUCAUCUGCCGCUUUUGCCCGCCAAUUCGCAAACGUCUUGACGCGUGGCAUGUUAAACGACACAAAGAGCGCUCCUACCGAGAAGGGAUUGAUGGUCCCACUGUUCCCGAAAAGGAUGUUGAUGCAGGCGCUUAUGCAUCCUUGCAUUCGAGAUCUACAUCGUCAGAGGUUGGGCAGAAAGUCGGAUCUCUACGAUUAGCAUCGGACAACACAGCUACGGUCUCAACAGCGACGCUAGUUCCGACAACUGGUUUGGUGAAAGAAAUUGACGUUGCGGUACCGCCAACAGCAGUAGUCCUCCCACCACUGCACCAAAAGAGAAACAGCCUUCUGAACCUCGCAUACAAGCCGAAUUCUCUCCUCCCCACAUCUGCACCUCAUCUCAAGACGCCAUACAACUCACAUCCGCACUAUUUACAGGGAUUGGACGCUGCCAAUGCCACGACCACAUAUGACAGCCCUAUACCCGUCCUCCAGCACAAACAUCAACGGGGCUACACAAUACCAACCUCACAUACACACCACCCUCCUGCAUCGCUCUCCCAACACAAUAAUGGCUACGGUCUCGGCCUCGGCCUCGGAAGCGUAAGUAUGCUCCGAAACAACAGUCUACUCUCCCGAAAGGCUGGACAACAUCCCAGACCAGAAACAACGGGACCGACUAUCAACGCUACACCAUCCAAGACCGCCACGGCCGGACACGGACGGACUCGAAGCGAAAGUCAAGAAGUGAAUAGAAAGCCUUUACCGCCUGUUGUGAUGAAGGAAAAGCAGCCACCACCUCUACCUCCUGCAGUUGCAAAUACAUACCAUACGAGCUCGGAAAGAAGUCAAAGCGGAAGUGGCCGUGCGGCCUUGGCUCACUACCCCUCUACAGCUACACCUUCACCUGCAGCUGCAAAUAGAGCAUCUUGGACUCAUGGCGAUGAAGAGGUUCUGAGUGUUGCGCCGAGAGCAACAGAAACAGAGAAUUCGACAGCUCCCGUGAAGGAAGAGAAUGAGCAGGACCGCGAACCAACAAUACCAGACAUUCACAUCGAGGCUCCCUCGCCUGCUCUGCCACAAGCAGUGGAAAGAAUAUCGCAAAUCGGAAUGGCAGUGUCGAGCACACCUCCGCCUGGUGAUAGAGCUGCUAGCAACUAUGUAGGAAUGGCGAAGUAA